CGGUACACCGCCAUUUCUCUUAAAGGCCAUGUUUCGCACCCAUUGUGUACUUUGGUUCAAGACCACAUCCUCUUCCCAUGUUGUUGGUACUAAAAUGUUUGGUACAACCCUUUUUGCAAGAGGGUUGAAAGAGGCCAUAAUGCCGUUUAUGACACAGACAGCAGCGUCGACAACACUUCCGUUAUUGAUUCUAGUGGGGGCUGGAACAGGCAUUGCGCCCUUAGUGUGUGCCGUUCACGAGCUUGUACGUUACCGUCAAGGUGGUGUGGGAUGCAAAACUCAAAUUCCUAAUUGUUGGGUGGUGUACGGUGCUAGGGAUUUUGCCGAGUUAGUGUAUCACAGAAAACUGCAAGAAGCCCUAGAAUUAAACGCCAUUUCUCGUUAUGAUGUGUCAAUUUCGCGUUCGAGCAGCGAAGGGUACCUCAAGUACGUCACGGAUGUGUUGGAUACCUAUUCGGAGGAGCUUCGGGGAGCGCUUCUUGAGAGGGGUGCUCGUUUGUUUGCUUGUGGACCGGCGGCACUUUUGAAAUCAUUACGGCUACGGUUGGCAAAUAACAUUUUGAGCUCUAAUGAUGAUGACGAGAGUGUUCGUGAGCAACGCGUAUUGCUAUUGGAAAAAAGGGGUCAGCUUAUGUUUGACGUCUGGUCGGCGGUAAAUAUCUUCGAGUAA